GCAACCUUGGGACCCUGGAACCUGGGAACCAUUUGGCUUUACCCCUAUAACACCUCCUUAUCGCGGCCACUUCCAAGCCCACCCAUCAGACAUACACGCCUAUUACUCACGCAGUGUGAGGGCAUGAGCCGCUAUGCGAUGGCCGCCAUGGUCUUCUAAACCGCAAGUCCCCGCAGACACCGAUGACGAACAACAACAACACUCACUAUUCCCAUCGGCAUAUACAAACCGCAGCAACGAAAAGUCAAACUCAGCACUUGACUGGUCUGCCUUCACAGAGCCACGAACCCUCCUCCCAACCUUAAUCCUCACCUCCGCGAUCUUAGGCGCAGCGCGCUUCCACCGUUCCUACCUCCGCCGGUUCCCCGAUGCGCCGAGCAUCCCCGCGUCGUAUUUCCGCAACCGAAGCAUCUUUGGUAAAGUGACAAGCGUUGGCGAUGGGGAUAAUUUCAGAUUAUUCCAUACGCCCGGCGGGAGGCUUGCCGGUUGGGGAUGGCUGCCCUGGAAGACGGUGCCAAAGGAGAAGAAGGAGUUGAGGGAUAAUACUGUCCAUAUCCGCCUAGCAGGCGUUGAUGCCCCUGAACGCGCGCAUUUCGGCCGCGCCGAACAGCCCUAUUCCCGGGAAGCACACGAAUGGUUGACGUCGUAUUUGCUCAAUCGCCGCGUGCGCGUGUAUUUGCAUCGUCCAGACCAGUACCAGCGGGCUGUAGCGUCGGUAUAUGUGCGACGGGUCUUUGACUUCCCGAUCCCAUUUCGCCGUCGAGAUGUAUCAUAUGAGAUGCUCAGACGGGGACUGGCAACUGUGUAUGAAGCCAAGUUUGGUGCCGAAUUUGGUGGUGAUGCUAUGGAGAGCAAAUAUAGGAGCGCCGAAUGGUGGGCGAAGCUGAAAGGGAAUGGAAUGUGGAAGGGAUUUCGCCGCAAUAAAGAGUUCGAAAGCCCAAGGGAGUAUAAGACUCGGGUGGGUUCAGAGGAACAGCCGAACGACAAGAAUGGGAAGAAGUAGAGGUGUUAACUAUACCGCUGAUAUAUUUGUCUUGCAUAUUUGCUUUCACCUCUUUUUUUUACUUGAUUGACCAUGAUAUAUAUGUAUGACUGUGCAGCUAUGCUCUGGCAUGUUGUUGUAUGCGAACAUAUGGGCUAUGUGAAUGAAAAUAAUGACAGGGAAAAGAUAAGUCGUAAAAUUUGGGUAUCAAUUCCCGGUCAAUUGCCGUAUAUAUGUCCCUAACAUAAGGAUUGAUGGCCCUAGCAGCAGGUGGAUAGCACAAUAUAUAGUAAAAAUACAAGAAC